GGUGCCUGCCGUCUGCCGUGUUGAGGAAGAGAGAAGGAAAGGGGAAGAGGCCUGGAGGACGGGGAGCCUGCAGCCACCAUGGAUUCCGAGCUGUGGAUCUCGCGCCUCAUGGCCGCCAAGCGGCAGUUCGCGCUGCAGUGCGCCCAGCGCCAGCAUGCCGCUCCGGCUUCCCAUCACGGAACGGGCAAAAGAGACGGGAAAACGAGAGAAGAUUUUGGAGAUAGCUGAACUUCUACGGCUGAAAAAUUUAUGCUGCUCAUAUCGGUUUGGGUAUGAUGAUAUUGAACCCGAGGAUGAGGGACGCUCAGACUUCCCAUGCCCGUACUGCUAUGAAGAUCAUGAUAUUACAUCACUUUGCACCCAUUUGGAGGAUGAGCACCCUUUUGAGUCUAAAGUUGUGGCUUGCCCAGUUUGCUCGGCCAGGAUUUCGAAGGACUUGUUGGAACAUAUAACUCUUCAGCACGGCUACCUGUUCAAAUUGCAAAGACAUCACAGGUUACGUAGAGUUGCGGGUGCUGGCAACCACACUCUCACAUAUGCAGGGAGAGAUCUUCAAGAGACCUACUUAAAGGUGCUGCUUGGAAAUAGCGGUCGAAGCAGCAGCACCACCAAUACAUCAACUUCAGUCACUGAUUCACUGCUAUCUUCAUUAGUUUUAAAUUUAUCUUCAUCAGAAGCAGAAGAUAUCUCAAAAUCUUCUGCUCCUGCUGUGACUGAAAAUAGUUGGUUUAAAAGAUCACUACCUUCAAAGAAUUGGAAGAUAAGUUCUGCUGAUUCCAACCUUAGUCAUGAAGAGAGAGAGCAGAGAAGGAGGCGAGCUGCGGUGAGAUCAGCAUUUGUACAGCAUAUCCUUGUCACUACCCUUUUCGAUGACUAGCAGAACAACAGAUUUCAUGCAUUGAAAUCAUGUGGGCCUUUUGCCCACUCUUUUAUCUGGAUGAAUACUGAGCUAAUCACCUCCGGUAUCUCGAAGUUGUUCAUCCAACUGAGGCUGGUACCUGAUCCCAUGAAGCUCGAUGAUAAAUUGAAGACGCAGAGGGCCUCUUGUAUGUUUUAUAUGGAAGCAGCUCUGAACAUUUGCUGUCCAGAUCAAAUUCAGACUGCAGGCUAUUAACUAGCGUUCUCAUAGUAGAGUCUUGAUGUUUUUUUCAUUGGAUUUCGUUUUGUGCUGCAGAACGUGUUGUACCUUAUCCUAUUUAUCAUUACUAUGGACAUUUGAAUGUUGUCUUUCCAACUUUGGUAUAUGCAUAUGAAAUCUGUUUGACCGUAGCGUUCAUUUA